AUGUAUCCAUCAACAUAUUCAAUGAUUGCCAAUAAUGGAGGAAGUGGAGGUUCUGGAAUGAGUGGACUUGGUGUGGGAUCAAAUGGCGGUAACAAUCAGCCAACUGUUUAUAAUUCAUUGGGUCAGCCAAUGGGCACGUCAAACAACUCAUCUGCAACAGCCAACACUCAAUUGGCCAUCAAUCAAGAGGCACACAUGAUGCAACACUCCUAUCAGAGCCAGCAGGCGGGCUUGUCCAGCCAGCAGAUGUCCAUGCACAACGACACCCUUCAGCAACAGAUGUCGCAGCAGCUCCUCGAGUUGGAGUUGCAGCAGGCCAUCCAGUUCGAGCAACUCUGCGGCGGCACUGGCAACGCUGGUUUGAGUGGCAUUGGCACCUACAACAUCGUGCCAAUGAGCGGCAUGAGCAGCAUGGGUGGAUUGGGCAGCAUGAGUGGCAUGAGCAACUUUGGCUCCAUGGGAUGCGCAAGUGGCAUGAACGCGAUGAAUGCCAUGAACAACGCUCAGCACAUCCCCCUCAACGUGUCCCCGUAUACCCCUCAUCCAACCAACUGUCCCCAGACCCAGCUCCAGCAACAGCAACAGCAACAGCAACAACAACAAGAGCAACAUGAUCAACACAAGAAGCAAGCAAGCAACUUGGUGGAUGUAAGUGAGUUGUCCAUUCCAGACGGCGCCGGCACCAGCGCCAACGGCACACAGGAUGUCGCCGAGCUAAGCAAGCAACUCAAUCUGACCAAGAAGCAGUUGGAGGACGAGCGCGAGUCUGCCAUCUGCUCGAUCUGCGUCGACAGGAAGAAGAACACCGGUCUGGACUGCGGCCACAUCUUUUGCAAUGAGUGUGUGUCGUGGUUGGGCGGUCGCCACCUCUGCCCAAUCUGUCGCCAGGAGUACAAGAACCCAAUCAGACUGCACUUC